AUGUUGCGGCGAUGUAGUAUCACGUCUGUUUUCAAAACAUCAAGCAAGAGAUCAGCAAAACCUUCACAAUUUUUGUCAAUUGGCAUAGGCACAAUUUGUUUUUCAACAAGGCGUGUUUUUCAUCUCCAAACAAUCACCUCUUGUUCAUUUAGUGUGUCCUACGUUCAAAAUAGAACUUUAUCCAACGGCUCAAAGGAAUCAGAGGAACAUGCACUUGAUUACUCCAAAACGAUUCUGCUACCAAAGUCGCCAUUCAAAAUCCAGACCACUUUUGAGGAAGAGAAAAAUUAUUUCACCACCAAAGUCGACAACGAAUAUCGGCACCAAAGAGAUGGGCCUUCUCCAUUCGUUCUUCUUGAUGGGCCUCCAUUUGCAAACGGAAACUUACACAUUGGACAUGCACUCAACAAAAUCCUAAAAGAUAUCUUUCUUCGGAUUAAAAUGCUCGAGGGGCAUUCAGUGAGGAUGAUCCCCGGUUGGGAUGUCCACGGCCUUCCUGUUGAAAUUAAGGCUAUUCAAGAACUUCCACAGCCAUUGGCACAACAAAAAAAGGAGCCAUUGGCAAUGGCUAUUCGAAGGAAAGCUUUCGAUGUGGCUGAACGUUACAUCAAGAUUCAAAAGGAGCAGUUUAUAUCACUUGGUAUCAUGGGUGAUUGGGACGCUUUUUAUUGUACCAAAGGUGUGCUAACUCGGCUUAUAAUUUUAGAUCCAUCCUAUGAAGCCCGUGAGCUACGGCUCCUCAAAAAGCUCCUUGAAAAGAAUCUUUUAAAGCGAACUCUCAAACCCAUUUACUGGUCGCCCUCUUCCCAAACCGCACUCGCCGAAUCAGAGCUGGAGUAUGAUAAUAAUUAUAGAAGCACUGCUCUUUAUUUUUCAUAUCCGUUACUUGAAGAUGAGCAGAGCGUUUCAUGUAGCCUUGAGGACGGAGAGCAUUUUCCUGUGUCAAAUAAUUCUUCGCCAUCAAAUGGUUGUUCUUUAUCACUGCUCAUUUGGACAACUACGCCGUGGACGAUACCUUCAAACAUGGCUCUUGCAAUAAAUUCUACGCUUCCAUAUCUCAUCAUUGAAGAACAAGCCUCGAAGCAGAAAUUUAUCAUAUCUGAAGCUGCAUUUUCGACCAUACAAAGGGACGUAUUUCCAAAUAUAAAGCCUAUUUCCCAUAUAAAAGGAGAUCAGCUUAUUGGUCGCAAAUAUCGUGACCCCGCAUUUGGGGGGUUUACUAGGCGGAUUCUAAAUGCCCCUUGGGUAGAGGCCUCAAAAGGCACAGGAAUCGUACAUAUAGCCCCUGCCCAUGGACACGAAGAUUUUGAGCUGUGGAAAAGUACUGGUCAGCAUCAAAUUAUUGAUUUUGUUGGGGAUGAUGCCAGGUUUUCGUCUACCGCACCACAUUCGAAACUUUGUGGCCUUGAGGUGCUUUCAGAAGAGACAACAUGCAUUAUUGUUGGGAUCCUGAAAGAGCACUCUAUGUUCGCUAGUCUAAUCCCAUCGUACCAACACUCUUAUCCUGUCGAUUGGCGAACUAAGGGGCCCAUAAUUAUAAGGUAUCCGCCUUUAAUUUAUCUUGUAGAGCAAUACACCAGUGGCACAUUACUCUCGAGUCAAUUCAAUCAGAUCUGCUCAUCAUUGAAUCCAUCCCAAGAUCCAUCUGUUCCUAGUCGGCUACUUUCAGCAAUGCAGGGCCGCUCUUCUUGGUGCAUUUCCAGGCAACGCUCUUGGGGUAUUCCCAUACCCUUCUUUUAUAACAUUGAAAAUGAAGAACCUCUCAUCUCCCCAGAGAUCAUUGAACAUGUCGCAAAGCUUGUGGAAUCUAAUCCUAGAGGUUCCGACUGUUGGUGGGAGGAGCCUAUUUCAACGCUUCUCCCUCCCUCUAUGAAAAGCCUUUGCUCUGUUCUCGAAAAGGGCUAUGAUACCUUGGAUUGCUGGUUUGAUAGCGGGUCCGCUUGGUCAAUUCUCCCCAAUCAGUCAGAUGUCGUUAUUGAAGGUAUUGAUGACUAUCUGAAUCUAGGUGUCGAUCAACUUCGAGGAUGGUUCCAGUCUCUUAUUCUUACAUCUGUUGGUGCCAUUAAUAGGCUUCCAUUUAAGCAAUGUAUCCUGCAUGGCUUUGUAUUGGACGAAAGCGGCCUGAAGAUGUCAAAGAGCAUCGGAAAUGUGAUUGAUCCCACAAACUUUAUCCGCAAGCAUGGCAUAGAAACUCUUCGCUUAUGGGUGGCCUCCUCUGAUUACCGCUCAGAGUUGAAAAUUGGACCACAAAUUAUUGCCUCCAUCACAGAAAUGAAAAAGAAAAUCAGAAACACGGUGAAAUUUAUGCUGGCCAAUGUUUCUGAUCUGAAAAACACUACUCCUGCGAAAGUGAAUCACAUUUUAGCUGUUGGUUUAUCACAGGUAGAUGACGCCAUCAAGAAUGGCUAUUCGAAAAUAGAUUCCAAUACUCAAGCUACCAUAAGCGAUCUCGAUUUAAAAUCUUUCCAUCGUUCCAACUCGAUCAUUUCCUCGCGAGAGCAGUAUAUGAUAUUACUUCUUGCAGACCUUGAGGCCCAAGUACGAUCGGCAUAUGUUAAAUUCGAACCAUUUACAGGUGCACAUUUGGAUCCGUGA